AUGAGCUUACAAAGUGAUGACUUCCCGAGAGGUCGAACUGAGAACAAUCCAGACAGUCGCUGUAGCCCGUUUGUAGUCGACUCGUGCAUCAUGGGAAAGGUGUCCAAAGCUACUAGAAAGUUUCAGUCCAAACACUUGAAGCGUACGCUUGACAAUCGUAAGCAGGAAAAGAAUCAAAAGCAGAGAGUGCAAGGUCGUCGCGGCAAUAAAACUGAACAGGAGAAGGCAAAUGCAGCUCUUACUAAAAGUGAGCAGAUGCUGAAGAAGUCAGCGAAAGAAGAGGUUUUCAAAGAUAUGUCGGCUGAGAAGUUUUUUGAUGCGGGAUUUGAAGUACCUAAGGAGAGCAAAAAGAAUAGCCAGGCUAGAUCCAAGGCACAAGCUGAAAAGUCGAAAGAAAAUGACGGAGAAUCCUCAUCUGAGGAGGAAGAUAUGACUGAGAACAUGGCAGAUAUUUCUAAGAAGGAUCCAGAAUUCUAUAAGUAUCUUCUAGAAAAUGAUAAAGAGCUCCUUGAUUUCAACGGUUCUAAUCCUUUAGAUGGAAUCGAAAAUGAAGACUAUGCAGAAGAUGAAGGGGAAGAAGUCAUGAAAAACAGAGAAGAACACGGAGAAGAACAAGGAAGCAAAGGCUCGGCUAAAAUUGAUUUAACUUUGAAACUUGUCAAGAAGUGGAAAUCGCAGGCAAAUGAAAAACCAAAUCUGAAGUUGAUUAGAAAUAUCGUUUCUGCUUUCAAGGUCGCUGUUAAUCUCAACAGAGAUGACAAAAUCGAAGAUUACAAAUACUCAAUCACGGAUGCUAAAGCAUUUCAAGAGUUGUUGUUCUUAGCUCUAAAGGAUCUACCUAAGAUCAUUCAGCAACUAGUACCUUACAAGAAUAACAAAGGCUCAAGAACUCUCCCAACUGGUUCAAAUGCAUCUAAGAUGGCGUCCAUUGUUAAAUCUCACGCGAGCGCAUUGAUUACACUAAUAAAUGAUAUCACUAAUACUGAAACUGCUGCUUUAGUGCUACACUCGGUUGAUCAGCUCUUGCCAUAUUUCUUAUCCUACAGAAGGAUUCUGAAAGAAAUAAUCAAGAGCAUUGUUGAUGUAUGGGCUUCGACAAGGGACAUCGAGACACAAAUCGCUGCCUUUGCAUUUCUACAUAAUGCAGCAAAAGAGUUCAAAAAGUCUUCUUUGGAACUAAUCCUGAAAUCGACCUAUUCAACUUUUAUUAAGAAAUGCCGUUCGACAAAUAUGCGUACCAUGCCUUUGAUAAACUUCCAAAAAAAUUCAGCUGCCGAGCUAUUCUCUAUCGAUGAAACAGCUGGCUAUCAAAUUGGAUUUGAAUACAUAAGACAGCUAGCAAUUCAUUUAAGAAACACAAUGAAUGCAACAACAAAGAAAACGAACAAAUCGAACUCUGCUAAUGCUUAUAAGGUUGUUUACAAUUGGCAAUUCUGUCAUUCAUUAGAUUUCUGGUCCCGUGUAUUAUCUUUUUCAUGCAACCCAGAGAAGGAGAAUGGUCAUGAAUCUCAGUUAAGACAAUUGAUCUACCCAUUAGUGCAAGUCACCAUUGGUGUCAUCCGGUUAAUUCCAACUCCCCAAUUCUUCCCGUUAAGGUUCUAUUUAAUCAGAUCUUUGAUUAGAUUAAGUCAAAACACAGCUGUAUUCAUCCCAAUCUUCCCACUUCUGUCAGAAAUUUUAGUUUCAAAGGCCUUUACAAAAAUUCCAAAUAAGAAAGAAUCGUUGGCAGCGUUUGAUUUUGAUCACAACAUCAAGUGUAAUAAGGCUUAUUUAGGUACAAGAGUGUAUCACGAAGGCUUAUCAGAGCAGUUCGUCGACUUAUUAGGUGAAUAUUUCGUGCUGUACUGUAAAAAUGUUGCAUUCCCAGAACUGGUUGCUCCAGUCAUCAUCUCACUUCGUCGUUACAUGAAAACUUCAAAGAGUAUCAAGCAAAGUAAGCAAUUAUCGAACGUUGUGGAGAAAUUGAAACAAAAUAGUUCUUAUAUUCAGUCAAAGAGAGACGAUGUAGACUUUAGCCCCACCAAUAAAACGGAAGUCGCCCGUUUCUUGCAUGAUGUUCCUUGGGAGAAAACUCCUUUAGGGUCAUAUAUUGUCAUUCAACGUGAAGUGAAAGAAGAAAGUGCAAGAAUUUUGAGAGAGAGUCUCGAAGAAGAAGACAAAGAAAAGGAAUCGGACGAGAAUAAAGCUUUAGACGUUGAUGAAGACGAUACAUCAGACGAAAAUAGCAAUGAAGAAAGCGCUAAUGAAGAUGUAGAAAUGUCCGAUUGA